AUGGCUCAAAAAAGUAUUCCAAAUAAAAAUUUUCAAGAUUUAUAUUGCAAUUCGAAUGUAUGGGCACACAGUUAUCAUCACACUAAUAAUAUUGUUUCAGCAACUAAAGUUCAAGAAAAACAAAUUUCAGCAAUCAAUUCUAAAAAAGAUGUUUCAAUUAAACUAUCGUUGAAAGAUUGGUUAGAAUAUUUAAGAGAAAGUGCUGCUAAACAAUCUACCAUUCACUACUCUAUUGAAAAGUCAUCAUACCAUGGUAUUGUUGAAGAUUUCAGUGUAUCAUUUAAAUGUAUUUUCCAAAUUUAUGUUUUCUCAUUACCAUCAGACCAACUUCAAAUUCCAUUACUUCCAUCUACUGUCUGUAUAAAAUCAUCCUCAAUUCAUUACAACAAAGAUUUAGGUGCCACUGAAUCUAAUGGAUCUAAACAUGAUGAAGACUCAUGUAUUGGAAUUUAUCAAGAUGCACAUACCCUAUUUUGUGAAAAAACUGGUCGUUUUUCUGUCGAGUUAAAUAUAUUAGCCAAUUUUUUAACACCAAAAAAGAAUGGUGUUGGUAUUGCAACUCCAAAAUCAACCUUUAAUCAUUUAGAGAUUAAAGUACCAAGAAAAGUAAAUAUUGACGUCGUCGAACCCGCCAUAAGAGAUAACCCCGACCAUAUCCAAUAUAAAGAAUUUGAUGAUGUCGAACAACAGCAUACAAUUAAGUCAUGCCCAUUCCAACCAACUACUUACUUAAAAAUCCAAUGGACCGAACUUGAACAACAGCAACCAAAACAAGAUAAAAUCAAUCAAAUCGAUUUAGGUGCCUCAACAGGAACUGGAUCAGUUAAUAAACAACAAUUAAAACCAGUUUUAGAAAGUACCAAAGUUAAUGUUGAGCAACAUACCCUUUGCUCAGUAGGUGAAGGUGUUGUAGUUUUAACCACAAAAAUUAGAUAUGAAGUUGUUUCAGGAAGUGCCUCAUCAUUUGAUAUUUUAGUUGGUCCCAAUAUCAAAAUACUAAGUGUAGAUGGUUUAAAUAUUAAACGUUGGGAAUGUAUGUCACCACAGUUGGUUGAAAUUCAACCAGAGACAUCUAAAGAUCAAUUAAUUAAAGUUCAACUUACCUCAUCUGUAGAAACUAGCUAUGUCUUGGUAAUUACUUCAGAAAUCACUAUGGAGUCGACCUCUGCCACUGUUAUUAUUCCAUCCAUUAAAACCAUUGGUAACGAAAUAACUCGUGAAAAAGGCUAUCUUGCAGUAGAAUCUAAUGCAAAUGUCGAAGUUGAACAAAUAUCUCGUGAUGGUCUUACAUUAAUUGAUAAAACAGAACUCCCAGGUGAACUUGAAGCCCUCACCAGUGGCCCAAUCCUUUUAUCCUACAAAUUCCUUGUACCAAAAUAUAGUGUAGCACUCAAAAUCGUUAAACAUAACGAUCUCUCAGUAUUGGUUGCUAUCUGUCAACACGCUAAAUUUAUAUGCACUGUCAGCUCAGAGGGUGCAACACUUUACAAAUUAGUUUUCACAAUAAGAAACACUCAACAACAGUACAUCCGUAUCACCAUUCCUCAUCAAUAUGAAAUUUGGUCUACAAUUGUUGGCUCCAAAGCUGUUAAGCCAGCUGUUGAUGAUAGUGGAAGUCUUAUGAUUCCACUCACCAAAUCAGGAUCUGAUAAAGGUGUUCAAAAGAAAUUCAAAGUUGAAUUGGUCUAUAAAAAUUCUGAAGAUAUAAGAUUUGGUGACAGUGGUAAAUUAAAUUUAGUAUUCCCUCAAAUCGAUAUACCAAUUUCAAUGCUUCAAAUAACAACUUAUUUACCAUCAAUUUAUGACUACAGUUUAUUCAAAGGUAAUAUUAAACAAGUUAGUUUCCUUACAUAUCAUCAACAAAGUUCAACGGAGGAUGAUGAUGAUUCAGAUGAUAUGGUAAUAAAACCAAAACUCAAUCAAAUGACUCAAAUGCAACAACAAUUCAGCAAUAGCAAUAUGAUUGGUGGCGGUGGUGGUGGUGGUGGUUUAGCAGAUAAUGGAACUGCCGGUUUAAAACCAGUCAUGGUCAAUAUCCCAACAGUUGGCAGAAAUCAUAAUUUCGAACAAUUAUUAGUCAUCUCAACCGAUAUUCAAAUUUCAACCAAUUAUACCCCACAUAAAAACUCAAGAUGCCAAAUUUUAUAA